AUGGCCGCCGUCAGCGCCCUCUUCCUGCUGUGGCUGGCGGUGGCGUGCCAAGCCGACGAAGGUGAGGAGGCGGUCGCCGGCGUGGUGGAGGUGGCGCGCGGACGCUCCGUCUACCUCCGGAGGGAGCAGCUGAGCGUCCGGGCGGAGGCCGACGUCCACUGCAAGGUGGAGGUGGUCCUCAACGAGCCAAUCACGCAGCGCGUUGGACGACUCACGCCUCAGGUGUUUGACUGUGACUUCCCGCCGGAGGAAGUCAUGUACCAACACAACGGAAGUCCUCUGUUGGACACCGACCGAGUCUUACUGCGCAUCUACUGGUUGGGCCUUUCUCGAACGACGGUGGAGUCGGCCGUGUUGCACGUCCGGGUGGUGGACCCGUCGCCGGGUCUGGUGGACUUUGGGCCCACUCUUCUGGUAGUGCCGGCCUUCUACGGUCUGUCCAACGCCAUCGACGAAUCGGUGGUCCGCGUCCGAAUUACGGGGGACGCGGCGUGCGCCGUGCGUUCUGUGGCGUCCCCCGGGGUCCUGACCGCCGGUCAGCUCGUGCUGGGGGAUGACGCCGCCCAAAGGAAAGGUCGCGACGCGGCGGCGCUCUGCCCGGGCAACGAAGCUUGCGUGCGCGGGACCAAGGAAGUGGGCGUCCUGAAGACCAGUUGCCAGGACUUUCUGACCUCCGGCCUCAGGUACCAACAUCUCAGGCCGCCCUCGCCCGACCUGGACUAUAUCGCCAUCAGCGUGGAACUGCGGGAGCGGGACACCAGGGCUCUGCUGGAGACGCAGACUCUUUGGCUGCCGGUGCGGAUCGAGGGAGCGGCGCCCAACCAGCCGCCGCGGGCCGCCUUCCUGGCAUCUCUCAUCCUGGAAGUGGACCAAUUCGUCCUGACCCCCAUCACCACCGCCGCCCUGGACGCGGAAGACCCCGAGAGCACCAAAGAGGGCCUGCUCUUCAACGUGAGCGCUCCGCCCCCCCGGGGAUACGUCACUCACUUGGAUCGGCACAGCAGGCCCGUGAGCUCCUUCACCUGGUCCGACUUGCACCAUCUCAAGGUGGCCUACCAGCCCCCUAACACCAGCCGUCCCACGCGAGAGAAUUUUCAGAUGGAGUUCCGGGCGGUGGACGAGAGGUACGCGAGCAGUCCGCCCAUCGUGGUCCACGUGUCCAUCAGGGCGGCGGAGACGAACGCUCCGCGGGUGUCUUGGAACACGGGUCUGGACCUGCUGGAGGGCCAGUCGCGGGCCAUCACGUGGGCGGAGCUGCAGAUCGUCGACCGCGACAACAUCGACGCCGUCUUCCUGGUGGCCGUGGACGGGCCUCUGCACGGGCGUCUCAGCGUCAGAGGUACCAAGUCGUUUAAGUUCACCAUACGGGACCUGCGCGAGGGGACGGUGCUCUACCAGCACUCGGACAGCGACGCCACCCGGGACCACGUGGUGUUCCGCAUCAGCGACGGCCAGCACAGCAUCCGCCACAAGUUCCCCAUCAACAUCCUGCCCCGGGACGACGCGCCGCCAUUUUUGGUGAACAACGUGGCGCUGGAAGUGCCCGAGGGCGGCGCCCUCAGGCUGGACCAAUCCACGCUCUUGGCCUCCGACCUGGACUCUGGCGACGACCGCAUCGUCUUCAGGGUGGAUGUCCCACCGAGGGCCGGACACAUCGUGAGGAGGACCUCGCCAGAGGACCCAGGCCUCCCCGUCAGCGCCUUCCUCCAGCGCGAAUUGACUCGGGGUUUUAUCUUCUACCAACACUCCGGAGACGAAAUCUUUGAGGACUCCUUCGACGUCACGUUGGCCGACACGCACACUCCGCCCAACCUGUCGCACGCUUAUACGGUGGUGGUGAGCGUGUUCCCGGUUGAGGACCAGCUUCCAGCAGAAGCUUCCGGAAGCGUGCGACACGUGACGCUGAAGGAGACCGAAGUGGCGUACAUCACCCGAGCGCACCUGCACUUUACUCACGCCGAACACCCGCACACAGACCUCACCUACACCGUCACCCGACCCUGCUACAGCCCUGGACAUCCCGGUUUAAUGGAUGCGGGUCGGCUCUUCUUUGUGGACGGCGCCGCCCUCAAGCGGGACCCGACAGCACCAGUGCUGAAGUCAUUCACUCAGCACGCCGUGGACCACCUGAAGGUGGCCUACAUGCCGCCGGUGGAGGAUAUCGGUCCGGACGAACUCUACGUACACUUUGUCUUUUCGGUUAGCGACCAUCGUGGUGGCACUGUGAUGGACGUGCUUUUCAAUAUUACUGUCACGCCAGUGGAUGACCAGGCGCCCGAGGCUUUUACCAAUCUGCUGCGCGUGGAGGAAGGCGGUUGGGCGUUCGUGACGGAGGAGCACCUGCAGGUGCGGGACCGCGACACCCGUGCGCCGGACCUCAAGGUGGCGCUGGAGAGGCCGGCGCGACACGGCCGUCUGGAGCUGCGAGGGCGGAGCCUACCCCAGGCUCACGCUUUUUUCUUGUCUGAUCUGAGGGAACGCGCCGUCAGGUACGUCCACGACGACUCCGAGACCACCGAGGACGACGUCGGGCUACGCGUGACUGACGGCGUCAACGGCAUUUUGGUGGACCUCCUUGUUCAGGUCGUUCCAGUGAACGAUGAGCCCCCGCGUUUGGGCUCUGGCCUCCGUGGCGAUCUGCGCUGCCCGGAGGGCGGCCGCGUACAGCUGACGGCCGACUACUUGGCGGCCAGCGACCGUGACGGCGACGACGACAAGCUGAGCUACAUGUUAGCGCGCCGACCCGCUGGUGGUCAGCUGCAUAGGGCAGGAACUCCUGUGGACAAGUUCUCGCAGCGAGACCUCCUACAAGGCCACGUCUUCUACGUGCACACGGGUGGUGAGAUCGGCCCCGCCCCCACCAUCGACACGGUCACGCUCAUCAUAUCGGACGGUGAUGCGGGAGUGCCGGACGACUGUUGCCACGGGGACGCGCCGCCUGUCCCGCUGCACGGCACACUUCCUGUCUAUGACCUCAACGUCACGCUACUUCCUGUCAAUAACAAAGUUCCCACUGUCAUUUUGGGAGCGUCUGCGCUGGCGGUGGACGAGGGUUCUCGGGCGUGUCUUUGCGAAGGUGUCCUGGGGGCCUCGGACCCUGACACCGAUCCCGAGCAGUUGACCUUUCACCUUGACGCCAAACCUCUGCAUGGUUUUCUGGAGAACGUUCAACCCACGCCAGGAUACGAGAAGAGCAACGCCGGAAUACCCAUAGAGCGCUUCAAGUUGACGGAGCUCACGUCGGGCUUCAUCAACUACGUGCAGUCGGAGCACGAGGGGGCGGAGCCCACGGAGGACAGGUUGCUGAUCAGCGUGAGCGACGGCCUGCAUCACUCCGCCUCCGUCCCCGUCCAUGUCGUCAUCCGGCCCGUUAACGAUGAGAAGCCCAAGCUGAGGCUCGCCAACUUUACCGUGAAGGAGGGCGGGACGCGGGAGUUGACGCCGUCCCUGCUGGACGCCUCGGACCUGGACGCCCCCUCGGACGAGCUCACUUUCACCCUGACCGGGGCGCCGGAGCACGGCGGCCUGAAGGCGGGCGGCUCGCGUGACGGGGAACCCUUGGUGGGCGUGUCCUCCUUUACGCUGCGGCAGCUCCGGGACGGUCUCCGCUUGUGGUACGAGCACGACGACUCGGAGAGCCCCGAGGACCGGCUGACCCUGCGGCUGACAGAUGGCGUCCACUCGCUGAGCGCCACCGCCGCCGUCCGCGUGCUGCCCGUCGACGACCACCCGCCCCGCCUCCUCAAGAACGCCGGCGUGGAGGCGGAGCCCGGCUCCCGUCGGACCAUCUCCGCCGUGGUCUUGCAAGCGGAAGACGCCGACACGCCGCCUUGUUCUCUCUUCUACCUUCUGGACGCCGCGCCGCGCUUGGGGAAACUGCACCUGAAGGGCGAUGCGAGCGAGACGGAGCUGGCGGCGGGUCACAACUUCACUCAGGACGACGUGGACGAGAACCGGCUAAGCUACGCGGCGUUCGCGAACGCCACGGGGCUAAGCGACACGGGUGGGGUCAAAGGUCACGACAGCUUUCGCUUCAGUCUGAGCGACCUGCGACAUCAAAGCCCCGCCCACGUGUUCCAAAUCAACAUCAACGUGCCGUACAAAGGUGACGUCUCGCUGUGGAUCGGGCCGUUGUGCGUGGCGGCGGGUCGGCGAGCGGUCCUGAACACGGACUUCCUGCGGGCGGCGGACGGCGGCGGGCGUCCGGACCGGCUGGUUUUCACGGUGACGGCGGCGCCGCGACACGGCCUGCUGCACGACGUGGCGCGGCCCGGCGUGCCGCUCGCCACGUUCACGCAGAUGGACGUCGCCGCGCAGCGCGUCUGCUAUACGCAUGAUAACGGACACGGGCACGGCAGUGACUCCUUCAGUUUGUCAGUGAGCAACGGCGACCACCGGCAAACCGGCACGGUCCACGUGACGGUGGAAGCGGUGGACCGGGUCCCGCCGACCUUGGAGACCAACGCGGGCGUGCGCGUGGCUCGGGGCGGCGUGGCGGCCAUCACGUCGCGCCACCUGCGGCUGAGCGACGCUCACGCCUCGGCCGCAGAGCUGAUUUUCGCGCUGACCCGCCCCCCGCGAUACGGUCGCCUGCUGCUGCGCGGCGUCCCGCUCGGCACCGCCGCCGCCUUCUCACAAGCGGACGUGGACGGGGGCGGCCUGGCGUACCGGCACGAAACGGGCGGUCGGCCGCUCAACGACAGCUUCGGCUUCCUACCGGGAGACGGUCACAACCGGGGCUACUUGAGAUUCGGGCGGCUGAGGGUGGAAGCGGACGUCUUUUGCAUCCACGUGGAGCACGUGGACCAGACGCCCCCUGUCCUGACGGUGUUGGGGCAGCCCAGCGAGGUGGUCCGGCUGAGCGACGGUCGCUACGGUGUCUACAUCACGUCCAAACAACUUCGGGCCGUCGACGACGACGCGCCGGCCGACCGGUUGCAGUUCUCUAUUCUCACGCCGCCGGCAUUCGGCCACUUGGAGAACGUGCGCACCGGUGCUUACGUCCGGGGACGCUUCACGCAACGGGACGUGGAGAGCCGCUCGCUGGUCUUCGUUGUUCCCGUUGACACGGAUGUGACGGAAGACCGCUUCCUAUUCCGCCUCAGUGACCCGGCAGGGAACGCCGCCGACCCGCAAACGCUGGCGGUGUCCUGGUCCCGAAUCGAGCUGUCGGCCGACUGCUUCCGGAUCUGCGAGACGGCCGGAACGCUGGCCGUCCCGAUCCGACGGAGAGGGAAGAGCGCCGACCCGGCCUACGUGGCCGUCCGGGUACGCGACGGCAGCGCCAAAACGGGCCGGGACUAUACGCACGGAAAGGCCAGAUUGAUCCAGUUCGAUCCAGGGGUGGAAGAGAAGACGUGGAAGAUUUACGUGGAAGCCGACGGCCUGGAGGAGAACCACGAGAACUUUACCGUCGCGCUGACCGAUCCUAAGAACGCCGUCUUGGGACGGGUCACCUCCGCCCAGGUGGUGAUCGUGGACCCCAGGGGAGGUGAGUGA